GCUCCGGGGCGCGGGGUGCUUCGCAGCUGUCUGCCUACGGCGGCGAAUCGCACCCCUCCCCCGCCAGCUCUACAGCCGGGGACACCGCCAGCGCCAAACCGAGAUUGCUCUGAAACGCUCCCGCAAAGGGAUCUCCGUCCCCUCCCAGCCGGGCAUGGCACUGCCUCCACCCGCCACCACUGCACCCUGCAAGGCCGAGAAGACUUUCUGACCGUGCCUGGCAACUCGGCGCUGCCGGGAAAGCCGGGGGCUGCCUGCAGCGCUCUCCGACGCCCCGCUCGCCGCCGCACACAGGCGCGCUCCCUCGCCCUCGCCCUCUCCCCCCCCGGCUCCGCACGCCGUCUCUCCCUCUCCCUCUCUCACACACACACGGGCGCGCACGCUUCCUCUCACUCUCCCUUCGCCCGGAGGUGCACUGAUAGCCAUUUAAUGAGGGGGGAAAGUUAAGAGAUUAAACCAAUAUGAACCAUCGUUGCUCGUAGCGGUGCCCUAUCCAGAGCAGAGCAGAAUCCAGCGAGCACCCCUGCAGGAAUGGAGUCGGUAAAACAAAGGAUUUUGACCCCUGGCAAGGAGGGAUUGAAGAAUUUUGCUGGAAAAUCGCUUGGUCAACUCUACAGAGUCCUAGAGAAGAGGCAGAAGCCCGGGGACACCAUCGAGCUGACGGAAGAUGGAAAGCCCAUGGAAGUGCCCGAGAAGAAAGCCCCGCUGUGCGACUGUACCUGCUUCGGGCUGCCCCGGAGGUACAUCAUUGCCAUCAUGAGCGGACUGGGAUUCUGCAUUUCCUUCGGGAUCCGAUGUAACUUGGGAGUGGCCAUCGUGGAUAUGGUCAAUAACAGCACUAUACACCGAGGAGGAAAAAUUAUUAAAGAGAAAGCGAAGUUUAAUUGGGAUCCUGAAACAGUUGGCAUGAUCCACGGCUCUUUUUUCUGGGGAUACAUAAUCACCCAGAUCCCCGGCGGGUAUAUCUCGUCCCGGCUGGCAGCUAACAGAGUAUUUGGUGCUGCUAUACUGCUGACAUCCUCCCUCAACAUGUUAAUACCGUCUGCAGCCAGGGUGCACUAUGGGUGUGUCAUCUUUGUCAGGAUCUUGCAGGGCCUUGUAGAGGGAGUCACCUACCCUGCCUGCCACGGUAUUUGGAGCAAGUGGGCCCCCCCAUUAGAAAGAAGUAGGUUAGCAACCACUUCCUUUUGUGGUUCCUAUGCAGGAGCUGUUAUUGCAAUGCCUUUAGCUGGAAUUCUAGUGCAAUAUACUGGGUGGUCUUCUGUGUUCUAUGUGUAUGGGAGCUUUGGUAUAGUCUGGUACAUGUUUUGGCUUUUGGUUUCAUAUGAGAGUCCUGCAAAGCAUCCUACAAUCACAGAUGAAGAAAGGAGAUACAUAGAAGAAAGCAUUGGAGAGAGUGCCAACCUCCUAGGUGCAAUGGAAAAAUACAAAACUCCAUGGAGAAAAUUUUUUACAUCUAUGCCAGUCUAUGCAAUAAUUGUUGCAAACUUCUGUAGAAGCUGGACUUUUUACUUGCUGCUUAUUAGUCAGCCUGCUUACUUUGAAGAAGUGUUUGGAUUUGAAAUAAGCAAGGUGGGUAUCUUAUCUGCUGUGCCGCAUUUAGUGAUGACAAUUAUUGUUCCUAUUGGGGGACAAAUUGCAGACUUUUUAAGAAGCAGGCAGAUUCUUUCAACCACUACUGUGAGAAAGAUAAUGAACUGUGGAGGUUUUGGUAUGGAAGCAACUCUUCUUCUCGUGGUGGGAUAUUCUCACAGUAAAGGAGUGGCUAUUUCAUUCUUAGUGCUUGCUGUAGGCUUUAGUGGAUUUGCCAUAUCUGGAUUCAAUGUCAACCACUUAGACAUUGCCCCGAGGUAUGCCAGCAUCUUAAUGGGGAUUUCUAAUGGAGUCGGGACCCUGUCUGGAAUGGUUUGCCCUAUAAUUGUCGGAGCAAUGACAAAGAACAAGACACGUGAAGAGUGGCAGUAUGUCUUCCUCAUUGCUGCUUUAGUUCAUUACGGAGGUGUAAUAUUCUAUGGCAUAUUUGCUUCAGGAGAGAAACAACCCUGGGCAGACCCUGAACAGACAAGUGAAGAGAAAUGUGGCUUUAUUCAUGAAGAUGAACUUGCUGAAGAGACAGGGGACAUUACUCAGAAUUAUGUAAAUUAUGGUACCACCAAGUCUUAUGGUGCUACAACCCAGGUCAACGGUGGCUGGCCUAAUGGUUGGGAGAAAAAAGAGGAAUUUGUACAAGAGGAAGUACAAGACUCAUACAACUACAAGGAAGGAGAUUAUUCAUAACAAACAUAAAUAUUGGAUAUAUUUUGUAGUGUUUGUGAUUAAAUUCAUUGUGAUUGUUUGCACACAGAAAUAAAAUGUGGUAUAAACAUGUAAACACAUAUCAAACAGGAAGGUCUUACUGUAAAAAAAAAUCCAUUAAAGUGCAAUCUGUAUGAGUUGUGACAUGUCAUCACUUUCAUUAGGUUAUAUUUGUUCUAUAAACAUUAGAGUUUUAAGGGUUUACUGGUCAAAACUAUAGAGGCAAUUAGAUACUUACAGUAUACAAGAGCUAAAACUCAUAACUAAGGACUAAAGCACAACUAAGAAACCAAGUUGGCACAUCUAAUGCUCUUUUUAGAAAGCCAAAAUUACUUGAUCAUUAAAAAUGCACUUAUAUAUUUGUUACACUGUAUUGAAAGAGAUUGUGUUAAAUACACACGUUUACUCAGUGCAAUGUAGGAAUUGUGUGUUUAGUCUAAGACAAGAGCUUUCUUAAAGAAGAAAGGUUGAGUCCUAGGCAUUUACAGAGGAUUGAUCCAGUUCCUUUAAUGGUAAUUGUAUCAAGCCUAAAGAACAAAUAGGGCAUAUUGUAUGUUUAUCGUGAUUACAUGCUGCAGGCUACUCUGUGAUGAAUAAAGGAAUUAUUUAGGAGUUUUAUACUGAAUGUUCGGGCACAAAUUCUUAUUUGUAUUCUUUACAGAAUCUUAUGAAAUUAUAGUCAUUGUCAUGUUCUUCCCUGCAUUUAUCAACUAAUAUAAAAACAAUAUAUAAUGUUAAGUCUGACUUUUCAUGCAGACUGUCAAAUCCCUUUAUCAAAAACCAAGUUUUAUUAUUCUUUUCUUUGCAGUAUACUCCAACU